UUGUCUCAGAGUUGGUGAAUUGCAGAUCCACCGCCUUCAAUGUUGUAUUGCAGGCAACGCGAAGGUAUAAAGGCCUCGUGAAGCCGAGGCGGACUUGGUGAUGCGAACGCAGCAAGCCUCUUCAGAAAGACACAAUCCACUCCAGGGCUGUGACCCACGUGAUCCACGUGGAUGGUUCCACGCCAACUCGUCCACCGCUCCGUCUCUUCGCGCUGUUCUUUAUCCACGAGCGGCCGUUCCCCUCACUGGACGGACACACCGCACCUCACCGCACGUGGCAGAGCGGAGGGGGCAUGGGUGAUGCCCGUCUCGACUGCCGCCACGCUGCGAGCCAAAUCUCCGAGAGCUGCAUGUCGGAGCUGUUCCUGACCUGCACGCUCAUCCUCAACAACCGCGACUGGGACGAGUUGGACACCGAGCACCAGCUGGGCCUGCGUCUGCGCAACAAGCUGCUGCUGCUCUACUUCGGCUCGGGCAGCUGCGACGACUGCCGCGCCUUCACGCGCCUGCUGCGCAGGUUCUGGACGCGGCUCACGGACCCGGCGCACGUGGAGCGCGCCGCGCCGCUCGCGCUCGUCUACGUCUCGCACGACCCCAGCGCCGACUGCCAGCGCGCCUACAUGCGGCACAGCAUGCCCAGCGAGUGGCUCAGCCUGCACCACGGAGACCCGCUCGCCUCGGAGCUCGCGCGCCGCUUCGAGGUGCGGGCGCUGCCGUCCGUGGUGGUGCUGCAGCCCAGCGGCGAGGAGGUGACUCGCACUGGCGCGGAGGAGAUCCGGCGUCUGGGCGAAGCCGCCUUCGCGAGCUGGCGCGAGGCCGCCGAGGUGCUGGACCGCGGCUUCCUCCUCGCCGAGGACUUCGAGGAGGUGGAGACGCCGUUCCGCAGCCUGUCCCACCACGUGCGCCGCCUCUUCUACAAGACUGAGAAGGAGAAGCAGGGGUCCGACGACUUCCACGUGUAGCAACCCGAACCACCACAGCCCUCGCUGUGGUGGUUCGGGUUGCCCGUCACGUGCCUAAUCCGGCCUACCAGUGACCCGGCACACCACAUCCAGUAAACAUCUUGAUGUGACUGUGGCUGCUCGUCACGUGCUGUCCACUAUAGUCUACCAGCGACCCAGAAAUUAUGAACAAGGAAGUCGUGAAAAUAACAAUAGGAAAUCAUUGUUUUAAGGUCAGUCUUAGUUACAGAACGUGACGUCUAUUCAUUAGUGCCCUGAGCUGAAUUCGUGAUCCGGCUUCUCAAACUGCCUCACCCUUUGGGGAACUGGGACAGAAGUGAGUCAGAUUAAUUCAGCCGGAGAAAUCCCUCACUUCAUUUAAUAAUUAUAACAACAAUAGUAAUAAUCUUCAGCCCUUGUCAAUCCCCUGCUAGAUGCAGGCCUCCCCAUGCCUUUAGGUCACAGAGGCUGCCUGACCAACCGUGCACGAGUGGGCUGGGGACAAACAGGGUUGUCCAGAGCCCGUUCAGAUAUCGCUCGCCACUCGUGUUAGAAUCAAACUCAGGCAGCCAGGUUCAAAGCGCAGUGCUCCGAACAAUGUGUCACUGCUCUCGCAAGAGUUCAUUUAUUUAAUCAGAUAUUGUCACCGCAAACUGAGCGUGAUUAUGUUCGCUGAUAUUUUUACCGUAUUGUGUUUUGAUAGCUUCACCGAAAACACGUGCUGAAAAGAUGUUGCUUGUUCUCUCUGGUUCUUUCGGUGAAGUCACGUAGAUAGAAACGGUGAUGACGGACGCUUGUGUUGCGACCGAAACGUCGUGUUCUACUAUUAUUAUUAUUUUUUCUACCUACGUGACUUUACCGAAAUAAUCAAAGGGUAUGGAUUCCUGCAGUCACGAAAGCUUCAAAUCAAGACGUAGCGGUAUUAAUCGACAGGACGCUGAAGUGCAGCCUUCACGUCCAUGGCACAGACGAACACCGCUGUUCUUGAUCCCAGUUACAGGCAGCUGUGCAGCAGUCCUGAGACUACAAGCUGCCCUGUCUGGUCUGCAACAAAAACAAAGACAAAGAUCCCCCGUAUAGCCUCAACAGACUGUUGGGGCAAGUGCUGUUAGCGAACACCUUUUAGAGCCAGCACGGCACACAAGGGGGUAGGUGACCAGCACCACGCCCGGCCGCCUUUGUCUCCCCAGUGGCGAUAUUUACACACAGUACCAGGGUCUCAUUUGAGGCUGAGUCGACCUAGGGGAGGCCCAGGACCGGAUCAGAUAAUGGUCACUGGUGUUAGCCGUGAGCGGAAAUUGAACUCGGGUCGCUGGGUUCGUAGCGCAGCGCGCAAAUCGUUGCACCAAUGCUCCACACGCACACACCGCUUCACACACACACACCGCUCCACACGCACACCGCUCCACACACGCACACACUGCUCCACACGCACACCGCUCCACACGCACACACACACCGCUCCACACGCACACACAUACACACCGCUUCACACACACACACCGCUCCACACGCACACCGCUACACACACACACAC